AUGGUUGAGACAGGAUAUACUAAGGAGACACAAGAAGAGAUUGUUCAACUAGAUAAGAAACUCAAACUACUAAACAAUAAGAUUUCAGAGCUUACUCAAGAUAGUAAAGAGUAUGGUCUAGUCUUAAAUGCAUUUGAGAAGGUAGACGAGAACCGACGAUGUUUUAGAGUUAUUGGUGGUGUGAUGGUUGAGAGAAAUGUUAAAACUGUUAAACCUGCUCUUGAAAAAGAAAAGAGUGCGUUAGAUAGUGCAAUUUCCGAAUUAGAGAAGCAGUAUGAAUCUAUUGAAGAGGAAAUGAAGAAUCUAAUUGAGAAAUAUAGUACAAAUAGUGCUGAUCCUGCACAAAUAACUAGUUCAUCAAGCUCGCAAUAA